UCUUGAUUUUGAAUGUUCUGUUACUUUAUUAUUCCUUAUAAUCUAUUAAUUGCUGCAACAACUUUACUUGCUUAUCUUCCUAGCACUUGUUAUACGCUUACUAUUUGCCUUCUAGCUGUUUGCUCACUGUUCUUCCAUGAAUUUUGUUAUCUUGUAGCUUAAAUAUCAUGAUAUUGCAUUGAAUGAAUAACUUCAGAAACACAGUUUAAAUUAAUUAAUUGGUUUUUUCUAGCCAGGGUAUUUCUUUUCUUGCAUGUAGAUGUUGCAAUAAUAUGGCAUCAGCUAGGGAAUUUCAUUAACAACAAGAUUUUCUCUCGCUGAGCAGCAAAAAUGGCUUUGGCUUCUCCUGUAAAAGUGGUUCUAGGCUCAAUUGCUUUUGCAAUCUUCUGGGUAUUGGCGGUUUUCUCAGCUGUUCCUUUUCUACCAGUUGGGAGAACUGCAGGGUCCCUCCUGGGGGGCAUGCUAAUGGUCAUAUUUCAAGUCAUAACUGCAGAUCAAGCAUAUGCUGCAAUUGAUCUUCAAAUCCUUGGUCUUCUCUUUGGGACAAUGGUUGUCAGUGUAUAUCUUGAAAGGGCAGAUAUGUUCAAGUACUUGGGAAAGUUGCUCUCAUGGAAGAGUAGAGGGGCAAAGGAUUUAAUUUGUCGAGUCUGCCUGAUUUCUGCCAUUUCAAGUGCUUUUUUUACUAAUGAUACCACUUGUGUAGUUUUGACUGAAUUUGUCUUGAAAAUUGCAAGGCAACAUAAUCUCCCACCUCAUCCUUUCCUUCUUGCCCUGGCCUCUAGUGCAAAUAUUGGGUCGGCAGCAACUCCAAUUGGCAACCCCCAAAACUUGGUUAUAGCCGUUCAGAGCAAGAUAUCUUUUGGAAAUUUUCUAAAAGGAAUUCUCCCUGCAAUGAUCAUGGGUGUAAUUGUCAAUGCCCUACUUCUUCUAUGUAUGUACUGGAAGUUGUUAUCUAUUGAAAAGGAUGAGGAAGAUAUAGCUGUAGAACUUCUUGCAGAGGAGGAAGUGAAUUCUCAUCGUUUUUCACCAGCCACAAUGUCACAUUUUACAUCCUUCAAUUCUCCGGAAUGGAACUCUAGAUGGGAAGUUAUGGCUGUGCAAAGCUCUCCUGGCAUGAGUGUUCCAAUGGGACAGGUUGAGAACCUUAGGAACCGAUCAAUUCCGAGUGCGAAUGAAAUCCAAGGGGUUCCUAGUGGCACAUUGGAGUCUGCAAGAAAUUCUAAUGCACCAAAAGAGGCAGCAAAUGAUGUAUCUUCUCAGGUAAAGGAGGAAACAAUGCCUUCAAAGAGAGUUGCAUCAUUGACCACGAGAUGGAAAAAAAUAUUGUGGAAAUCAGGUGUUUACCUUGUUACUAUAGGAAUGUUGAUUGCUUUGCUUCUGGGUCUAAAUAUGUCGUGGACUGCAAUUACUGCUGCGCUUGCUCUUAUGGUUCUUGAUUUCAGGGAUGCUAGGACAAGCCUUGAAAAGGUCUCCUAUUCUCUGUUAGUUUUCUUUUGUGGAAUGUUUAUCACAGUCGAAGGCUUUAACAAAACGGGAAUCCCUAAUACUCUAUGGGUCUUUAUAGAGCCCUAUUCAAAAAUCGAUCGUGUUAGUGGGAUAGCAAUGCUCGCCAUUGUCAUACUUCUCAUGUCAAAUUUGGCUUCAAAUGUACCAACUGUUCUCUUUCUUGGAGCACGAGUGGCAGUAUCGGCAGCUGCAGUUUCUGCAGCUAAUGAGAAGAAGGCAUGGCUAAUCUUAGCUUGGGUCAGCACAGUAGCUGGGAACCUCUCAUUAUUGGGAUCAGCUGCCAACAUAAUCGUGUGUGAGCAGGCUCGCCGAGCUCCCGAACUUGGGUACACUUUAUCCUUUUGGAGCCAUCUCAAAUUUGGAGUCCCCUCAACUCUUAUAGUCACUGCCAUUGGUUUGACACUUAUAAGAUGAUUUUGAUGCUCUUACACAUGACACACAAUGUUUUUAUGUAAUAAAUUUUGUAGAGGAAGAUUGUUUCGACAUUUGAGCAAUUCAAAGCUAACAAAUGUUGUUUUUCUCUUAAUCUCUAUUUAAUCAUAACGUUUUUCAAUA